AUGACUGACGAGGAAUUUGAAGAAAUUUAUGCCAAUAAUAAAAUUUUAGGCAAUUUUGAGAUGCAAAAAGAAAUUUCUUCAAACAUUACGAGACCAAUUAAGCAAAAAGACAUCAAUUGGUACACCCCAAAAAUUCCAGUGAAAAAUCAAGGAAGAUGUGGGGCUUGUUGGGCUUUUGCUGCGACUGGUUUACUCGAAUACGAUUAUUUUAUCAAGAAAAAGGAAAUUGUCUCGCUAUCGGAACAGGAACUACUUGACUGCGUUCCCAUCAAGUAUAAUUAUGGAUGCAAGGGCGGGAUUCCGUAUUAUGCCCUUGAAUUUGUGAAGGACAGUGGCAUCAAUUACGAAAAGGACUAUCCCUACGAGAAAAGACAAAGAAAAUGCCAAAUUCGAUUGAAAAAAGCCCCAAAAUUGGUGCAAAAUGUUCAAAUGACGCCCAUUGGCGAAACAGCAAUUUACGAAACUUUGUUCUAUAGUCCCGUCAUCGUCGCCGUUUACGCGAACAGUAAAGUGUGGAAAAGUUACAAGAAAGGUUUUAUCACAGCGACGGAAUGCGGGCGGAAUAGACCUAAUCAUGCAAUUUUAAUUCUGGGAGUUGUAAGAGAAGGCGGUCAAAGAUUAUGGUACGCACGAAAUUCGUAUGGAGAGACAUGGGGUCUAAAUGGACACUUGAAACUAGCAAUGAAUGAAAAUGCUUGUCAAAUUGGAGACACCCAUGGAUUUUAUGUAACUGUUUAA